UUGAAAAGACAAUUCUUCUGUUCCCGAUGUCCCGUUUCUUCUUCUUUCACGCAGCAGUCCCUCCUUUCUUUUACUAGUCUCCUCCGGAAAGAAGUACAUCUUCGCUGCGUCAACUUCAUCGCGGCUUUACCUUAGAGACAGUCAUUCAUCAACGCCACCAUGUCAGCUGGAAAGGCUCAAAUUGGCAAACCUGCACCUGAGUUUCAGGCCACAGCUGUGGUAGAUGGACAAUUUAAGGAGGUCAAACUGUCAGACUAUAAAGGAAAGUACGUGGUCUUCUUCUUCUAUCCCCUGGACUUCACCUUCGUGUGUCCAACUGAAAUUGUAGCUUUCAGUGACAGGGUUGAGGAAUUCCGCAAAAUUGGCUGUGAAGUCAUUGGCUGCUCCAUCGACUCUCACUUCAGUCACUUGGCAUGGAUUAACACACCAAGAAAGCUGGGUGGUCUGGGUAAUAUGAACAUUCCACUGGUGGCUGAUCUCACCAAGUCUAUCUCCACAGACUAUGGUGUGUUGAAGGAGGAUGAUGGCAUUGCAUACAGGGGCCUGUUUGUGAUCGAUGAGAAGGGCAUCUUGAGGCAGAUUACCAUCAACGACCUCCCUGUGGGUCGUUCUGUGGAUGAGACUCUGCGCCUGGUCCAGGCCUUCCAGUUCACUGACAAACAUGGAGAAGUGUGUCCUGCUGGCUGGAAACCUGGAAGUGACACCAUGGUCCCUGAUGUGGAGAAGAGCAAAGAGUACUUCUCCAAACACUAAACAUGAUGUUCCUCUAACAGACCUGUAAAGCACUUGUAUUCAGAUGAUGAGUCUAAUAAUCUAAACAUCAGAACUUGUUAGGUGGGGAAAACAUGUUUGUUGAAUUCUGCAGUCUUUAAGUUGACCUCAUAGUCUAAAGCACUGAAAGAAUAUUUUUCCUUUUUGUUUGAAAAGUCCAGAAAAUGUCCUUUGAAAUGUUGCAGCAAUUCCUGUUGCUACCUUUGAAAUAAAGCCUGGAAAACAAAAAA